CACACAUACAUAACCCACCCGUCUCAAAAUGCCCGGAUUCCAGGACGUCAUCUACAACACCUUCUUCCGACGAAACUCUGUCUUCGUCGCUACCACCUUUAUUGCCGCCUUCUCCUUCUCCAUGGGCUUCGACCUCGCCACCACUGCCUUCUGGGACUCCCACAACCGAGGAAAGCAAUGGAAGGACAUCCGACACAAGUACAUCGAGGCUGCCGGAGACGACGAAUAGAUUAAUUGUCGGGAUGUAGAGCAAGAACGGCGGGCGGAGGACUGCGCGUCUAACGGUCGGGCAGGACUUGCGGGUGCAUCAACAAUGCAUGGGUUAUUCUAUCACGAUGGUUUGGGUGCGGUUCAGAAUGGUAUGGAAAGGUGCUAUGAUUUGCAAAAGGGUUUUUAUGAAAAAGGUCGUGUGUUUUCGGAGGAAGAGAUGUCAGGGAGAGGGCCAGCGGGUGAUGUCUCGGUAAGCAAGAAGAGUGCAUUGGAAGCGAACGUUGCAAUACAUGGCUUUGCGUUCUGCACUGUACAGCGUAUACCUGAAGGAUUGCUGGUCGCUCAAGAACGGGAUGAAGGCGGGGAGAUGAAUGAGAGAAUCUGGCCAAUCAGCGACAUGUUUCUGGUGAGCGGGAAUGUUGAACGGAGAUCGCCGCCGGAUCGCCAAGGAAGUCAAUAAUAAUGCGUCAUUUUUGUUGUUUAUUCGUUGCUGUGUCGAACCAUAACAGUACCGAACCCGAUGAGAU